AUUUCUCUCCUGGACCAGCUUCUCGUGCAUUUAGAGAGGCGUGAACGAAAUUUGCAUUGUAAUGAUAUGACGAUCUUCCAAGGCAAAUAUGGUAAAGACCUCCCUCCAUUGUGUGACUAAAACUUUGCAGCUCAGCACCGUGCCGAGCACUCAGUCGCGGCAUGCCGGCCUUUACGGCCAUAGCCGACUCAUCCUCGCUUCCCUCGCACUGAUUGCAAUCAGUCCACGCACAUGCAGGGCGAUCUACAUAUAUCACCGCGCCUAUUAUGCCAGCGCUCCAGGCUGGGCGACUGGGCUGCGGCCCUCUUUCCUCAGGCGCGCUGGAUCCACAUUAGCCGGUAUAUCUCGGCUGUGUCUCAGACCGAGCACACUGCGGAAGCGUACAGCCGCCUUGGAAGGUUGGCACAUGUGAUGGUGUAGAGUCUGCUCCGCUAUUGUUAUCGUUAGGGCCUGAACACGCAGCAGACUUGCGCGCGCUUGUCGGUGGAAGCGAA